AUGGGGCUAAGAACUUCUAAAGUUCUACUAAACGCCACAGCCGUGGGAGGGCGGCCGCUCGAACAAGAUCCCAGAACUUUUGAACCUGCGUCAAGUAUUUCUGCUUGGAGCGACAACCUGAACCUCGUCGCCCGCAUUCUGUCAAAUCGACAGAGCCUCGGUGUGUACGACCUGGACUCUGGUAAUUUUUUGUUUUCGCAAACUUUACUGCGGGACGAAUAUCUGCCUGGUUUUCUGCCGCCACCCAUUACUUAUACCCCCCUUUACGAGCGCAAACGCCCGCUAGAGCAAACAACUCCCGAUUUCGAGACGCAUUUCUUCCUACCGAUGGGUCCUACACAACGAUCUCUUGCGACUGACCCUGUGGUUGUCGUAGGCGCAUCCCACGCACCAAACCCGGCAGCCAUGUCGCUGAAGCAGUCGGGCGCAGUCCCUAACGUCGAUGCAGCUGCUGCAUCGCUGAGCAAACUCAAUCUGGACUCGGCCGCCGACAAGCUGCCGACUAUUCAGAGAAUCGACUCCAACUCCGACUCAGGGACUAAGCCUCCCAGUCUCGACGGCAAAAGUAUCACAUCCGGAACUACAUUCGCGCUGGACGAAAAGGAGUCUCUUCGUCCCGAUGACAGUGCGAGUGUGCAAGCUGCAGCCGAGGACGACGAUGCUGCAUCUCUUGUAGCGGGGUCGCGUUUGGGGUCAGAAGCGGCUGCUAAAGCUAGAGCUCGGCCUGCCAUUGCCAUGGGGAGCCACGCUGGUAUUCUCACACCGCAGAGCACAUCCUCUGAGCAGCAGGUAGAGAAUGGCGCACCACUUCAGCUGAAUGGUGAGGCUGGAUCGUCGGAUGCGCUGAACGUCAUCUAUCGUCAAGCACCAGAUGAGAAGCUUCUUGAGGCGCUCAACUCGCUGCGUGAUCGCUACUUCUUACUGCGACUCGAAAAAGAGGUUAUUGAUUUCGUUGAGAACUCCAAGGAGCCUUACAUGGAUCUACCGCCAUCGAACUCGUUCUGCAGAAUGUUGACGCACAAUCUGGCAGACUACUACCAUAUGACGCACUCUUACGAAGCGCACAUCGGGGCUGUUCGCAUUUUCCGAACCCCGUUCUGUCGUGUUCCAACGUCACUAGCGUCAAUGGUGCCACAGCCGACACCCUCGACCAGUAGCACGCCGCCGCCUGCAGUCUUGCCGCGGAAAAUUAUGCGGCGUGGACAAGAAGGUGACAGUGCUGGAGCCAGCGCUAGUCCGUCCAAACCCGGUUCAGAAGCUGGCAGCGAUCUGAAGCAGCCUGCUAACCAAAAACUUUCUCGAGAGCAACGUGAAGAAGCGUACAAGGCCGCUAGAGAACGAAUUUUUGGAAGCUCAGACGAUAGUUCCGCAGUGGACAAUGACACAGAAAACCUCAUGUCGAGGACAAGUUCCGCGUCUGCGAACAGGUCAAAUCUGGGCAAGCGUGGCAAGACAACCAAGCAGCGCCGCGACUCGGACGGCUUCGACUCCCGACACCAGUACCAACCGUACUGGGGACCUCAACAGCAGACAUGGGUGCCGCAACCACAGGCGCAGUACGGGCCGCCGGGUGUGCAGUAUCACGCGGCGGGACCUUCUAAUUACCAGGUUGCGCCGCACUACACGCAACAAGCGCCAAUGUAUGGUCAGGCGCCUGCCAUGCCACCCAAUGCCGGAUAUCCUGCCUAUUCUGCGGGACAGUAUCCUCCUGGAGGAAGCCCUGUAGUGUAUGCACCACAGGCUCAAAUGCCCUCAAAUACGCCGCCUCAUGGGUGGCAGCCCGCUUACAAUACACCUGUGCCCUACCCGCCGCAGGGUCCUCCACCACCAGGACCACCGCAGGCUCCGAACCAAAGUCCUGGUCCGACCCAUGGUCCUGGUGGCAUCCCUUACCCUUUUGGGCAAUUGCCUGCUAAUGUCAACCCGCAUGACCCCAAAAGCCAACAUCCCAUUCCAGGUAGCUACAACCGAAACCACGCCUUCAACCCCAAGACGCAAUCGUUUAGCCCCGGAGUGCCCAUGCCACCGGUCCACGCUCCUCAGCCGCCGUUUACUGCACCUGGAUCGCACCAUAGCAGUCCUCAAAUCGGCACACCACCUCAUUUGGCUUAUACAGGCCAUCAACCCCAAAUGCAUCCACCGCCAUAUGGUGGCGCUUAUGGCAUGGCCAGACAAGGCUCCAAUAAUUCGAUACCAUCUUAUCAUGGUCCUCCUCAUGGCACACCUCCCCAUGUUGCCAUGCAGCCUCCUCAGCAUCUGGUUCAGCAACCGCCAAUGCCUGUCAACAGCAGACCACCACCUCACGGACCGGGGCCCAAUGGCCAGAUGUAUAGCCACCUGCCCACGUACGGAAAUCCCGCGACGUUACCUCAGAAGCCAAACGCCGGCAUUUAG